UCCCACACCCUGCCUUCAGCGGCUGUCGAAAAUGGCCGCUUCUGGCCCGGCGCUGGACCUCCUCCAGCGUGUCCAGGUUGUGCCGUACUCGGUCCUCGGGCAGCAGCUCGUGCGCGGCGAGGGCGUCGUGGACCGGGCCGGCCCUCCUGACGCCGGCAUUGUGUUUUGCGACCCGGCCGGGCUGCCCUUCAUUCAGCGCACCGGCCCUGGUGGCGCGGGCGGCGCGUCGGGCGCCAUCUACGACUUUCUCGGCAUCCGCGACGACGACGCCUUCCCGGAGCCGGUGCGCGAGGCUGUGACGGCGGUCGGCCUCGCAAAGCACCACGCGUACCCGCAGGAGGAGGGAGGGCCCCUCCACUGCAUCCACACCGUCGGUCCGAACUUCAACCGCCGGCGCGACGAUGGCGGCCAACACUCUCGCGAGGAGGCGCAGGAGGAGCUCGCCGCGGCGUACAAGAACGUGCUCUGCGAGUUCCACGCGGCGGCGAGCGGCGAGGGCGGCCCGACGCAGCUGAGGCUGCUGCCCAUCUCCGGCGGCAUCUUUGCCGGCCCCUUUGCCGAUGAGAUUGCGCCGCUGACGAUGGACGCGCUCGGCGCGGCGGCGGCGGAGCUGCCUCCAGAGGUGAGCGCCCAUAUCCUCGCGCCUGCCAGCCCGCCGCUGCUCCUCUGCGUCUUUCUGCGCGACGAGCUCGACGCCUUCGAGCGGGCGCACAGGAUCGCCACGGGCGAGGAGGCGCCGCUGCCCGACGCGUCCGCAUCCACCGAAGCGCCCGCCGAAGCGGCUGCUGAAGCGCCCGCCGAAGCGGCUGCUGAAGCGCCCGCCGAGGCGCCUGCCGAGGCGCCCGCCGAGGCGCCCGCCGACGCCGCACCGCCCGAUGCCGACGCCGCACCGCCCGAUGCCGCUGAUGACGACGACGCCUCACUCAAGCGCAAGCCCGACGGGUCACCGGCUCGGAGCGAAUGAGAGGAUGCCCGAAAUGAUUGUGCAAGCAUGCGCUUGAGAGCUCACGUCGUGCCGCCAAAAGGACGCACCCCCCCCCCCCCCCAAUGCACGUGUCUCGUGCUUAUGUCGUGUGGCGUCUUCUCGGCGGAACACCGGAACUCUGGUU